AAUAAGGACGAGGCGGAGAGCAGUGUUCUCACGCCAAAGUCGAAACCAAAACGCAAAACCACCAUACCAAAACGCAAAACCACUAUACACCAAUUGUCAACAAGUUGGAACUUCUCUCAAAACCACACUCCUCCAUUUCUCUUAUAAAUCUUCCUGACCUUUGAAUCCACCUCAGUUCUCUUCUCUCAUUCCUCUAUCUCUCUUUACGGACCAUGCCACAAGUGGAUCUCGAGACCUUGGUUUCAGCCUGCGCCGGCGUCUCUUGCGACCGAAAAAUCGCCUGUGAGACCUUAGCCGAUACCGCCACCGAGGGUCAAAACCAUCAGCCUCAAGAAUCUGAGACUGAUCCACCAGAAAUCCCGCCGGAUUUCCCUCCUGAAUCCUUUUGCCUCUCCAAGGACGCCGAGUUCGAGUGGUUUGAUCGCAACGCUUUCAUUGAGCGGAAGGACUCCACCAAAGCUAACUCUCAUUCUACCAAUUUGAAUCCCAAUGUUAAUCCCAACGCAAACCAGUCGAAUUCUCAGAGAUUUUCUAACUUGAAAUCCAAAGCCUCCAUUAUUGGUUUGCCAAAGCCACAAAAUUCUCGUUUCGUUGACACCAGGCGUCAUUGUAGACCAGGAAAUACGCGGUUGUUUCCCAAACGGUCUGCUUCCACCAGUAAAUCAGAUUCGACGGUGAUUGAGCCGUCUUCGCCCAAGGUCUCUUGUAUGGGAAGAGUGAGAUCAAAGAAAGAUCGAAAUCGGAGACUAAAGGAUCGGCAACGAUCUAACGAAACCGAGACUAGAAGGGAAAAACCAGAAAGGAAGCAAAAGCAUGGAUUCUUUGCUAGUUUUCGGGCUAUCUUCGGGAAAACCAGUAAGCAAAAUGUGAAGAGCGGAAAAGAUGCAUCACAUAGAGGAUCUCUGUCCAGAAGGAGCUCGUCGGAGAAAAAGAUUGACAUCAGGGAACGUCUACCGCAUGUCGAGAAAGAUAUGGAGCCGAGAAAGAGCGUGGGAAGUGACGGCGUUGGAACGGCGUCGGGUGUUGAACCUAUUGGUUUGGGCGGAAUGAAGCGAUUUGCGUCUGGUAGGAAAUCGGAGUCUUGGAUAGACGUGGCGUGAUCUGAGUCGUUGACGAACUAUUUCGUGUGGCGGGGGAUAAUGGUGGGGACAAGCUAAGAUGAGGAUUGAAAAUUUGUUUGCCUUGGUGAUUGGGAAAAUGUGGGGCCCGCUCGUGUUUAAAUGGUUGCUGGGUUGACGUGGCACGUUGAAUUAACGGUCUCAUCUUGAGCGCGGUAACUACAGUUAUCCUCGUUUUAAUUUUUUUUUUCCUUUUUUUUUUCUUGAGUGUAUGAUUUAAGAAUUUUCGACUUUUUUUUUAUAUUUUUUUUAGUAUUGUUUUCAAAAGUCGAGCAAUUAGGGCUUGUAAAUAUAUGAGUGUAAAUUUUCUUAUAAUAAUCUACCUAUAAAGGUAAAGGAAGUGUUUUGCUAACCCACUAA